CUCGCCUGCGCCGGAACCGGCCCCAAACAUCUGCGCAGGUCCGAGACCUGGAAGCAGAGCCGUGGGGACCCCGCGACAGGCCCCGGGAGAAGCCCGGGUGCGGGGGACCAUGAGGCCCGGCAAGACCUUCCGCAAGCACCACGGCGACUCGGACGAGGACGAGGACGAGGACAGUGAAGAAGUCCGGUUGAAACUGGAGGAAACCAAAGAAGUUCAGAGCUUGAGGAGACGACCUAAAGGGGUGAGUGCUGUAGCCCUUCUGGUUGGGGAGAAAGUACAGGAAGAAACAACUCUAGUGGAUGAUCCCUUUAAUAUCAACACUGGUGGAAUGGUGGACAUGAAGAAAAUUAAGGAAAGAAAUAAGGACAGGAUUAAUGAAGAGGAGGAUCUCAACUUGGGGACAUCAUUUUCAGCAGAAACCAAUCGAAGAGAUGAAGAUGCUGACAUGAUGAAAUACAUUGAAACUGAAUUAAAGAAGAGAAAAGGAAUUAUGGAAAAUGAAGAACUGAAGGUGAAGUUGAAGAAUGCUGAAGACUGUCUCUAUGAACUCCCCGAGAGCAUCCGAGUCUCCUCAGCUAAGAAAACAGAAGAGAUGCUGUCCAACCAGAUGCUGAGUGGCAUUCCUGAGGUGGACUUAGGCAUUGAUGCAAAAAUAAAAAAUAUCAUUUCGACAGAGGAUGCCAAGGCGCGCCUACUGGCUGAGCAACAGAACAAAAAGAAAGACAGUGAAACGUCUUUUGUUCCCACCAACAUGGCUGUGAAUUAUGUGCAACACAACCGAUUUUAUCAUGAAGAGCUCAACGCCCCAGUUCGGAGGCACAAAGAGGAGCCGAAAACCCGACCUCUCAGGGUGGGAGACACAGAGAAGCCAGAACCUGAGAAGUCUCCUCCAAAUAGAAAGCGCCCCCCCAAUGAAAAGGCAACCGAUGAUUAUCAUUAUGAGAAGUUUAAGAAGAUGAACAGACGAUACUGAUAUUAACUUAAUGGGAGUAGGUGGGGAGGGGAUUUUUGCAGAGAGUUUAUUUUUUGUCAAGAACAAGAUGCAGUGUAAAUAUCACAGAAAGAAAAGUUUGUUUCUUUUUGAUCUCUUUAGACUGUGUAGUUUUAUAAUCUUUUUAGAGUUUAAAAAUUAUUACUAAUUUUUUUUUUUGCAAAUAAGUAUGUUUAUGAAUGUGACAUAUGAACUUCAAAUGUAAUGAUCUUGCAUGUUACCUGCCAAGUUUUCUUAAGAUAUGGAUUAACCUCAUUAAGCUGUGAGGUUUUCCUUUUUUUUUUCUUUUUGGUCAAAUAGUAUUCUUGUUCCUAUUUCCAAAUCUCUUUUGUAAAUAAGUUGGUUUUCUUUUGAUAUUUGGGUCAUGUGAAAUAGGCACAGGAUUUAUGUGAUUUUAUUCUUUAAACUAUUUUCUUAUGCCCAAGUAUUGAUUCUUAGCUUAGUUAGGAAAUCUUGUUUAAGAAGUAUUCACAGGACAGAAAUUUGUCACUUGCUGUGUGACCUUGAGUAAGUCUUCCUUUCCCCUUGAGCCACACUUUCCUUGUCUGUAAAAUGGGGUGAUUAAUAACUAUAUUACCUUACCUCAAAAGGUGUUGUGAAAAUCAAGUAAGUACUUUGUAAUCCUGUAGUGCUUGUUUUUUAAAAGGAAGAAAACAAGAACAGCAAAGAAAUCCAGGAUAGAGUUAAGGAGACAACAGUGGCUUUUCUGACUUUCCCAGAAUCUUAUUGGUUGUUCUAUACAAUUUAUUUCUCUAUCAAGAAGUUAUAACUGGAUGUUUUAAUAAUUACAUAAAAUAAUUCAUAAUUCUUAAAUAGAAAUUAAAACCAGACACUUCAAAUCUAUCUGGGAGAUAUUUACCUUCUGCCAGAUCUGCUGGUGCCUGGCAUUUCGGAUGCCCAGGGAGCUAAGGUUUUAUAUUCUUAAACUCCGGGGUGAACCUGAGUGACUAAAAUGAACUUUCAAAUCUCCCUCAAAAGAUAUUUUUUAAAAACCUGAUUUAUAAGGAAUUGAUGUUUCACAAAAUUACUUGAUAUUAAAAAACAUUGCCACUUGGAUUGUAGGCUUCCUUUUUUUCAAAAUAGGCCUCCUUCUGGAAGGAAUAGUCAGUGAUCAUCUUGAAAUAGGAGGCUUGAAAACUCCUAAAAUGCUCCCAAAAGUUUGUGCUACAGGCUGAAAAUUUUGAUUCAAGGAAAGUCAGGUCCAAAAUGUGAUAUUUUAGGGCCUGUCAAGAGAAUAAAUGUAAAGUACUUUACAAAUGUGAGGGAUUAUUCACCUUGCCUUUUGAGAUUAACACAUAGUAAGCAUCUAAUGAAUGCUUUUUCAUUCAUUCAUUAAACUAAUAAUAUACUUACACUACCUACCUCAGGCUUGUGAGGAAAGUGUUUUGUGAUUAGUUGUGAAGUGCUAUAGAUUUGUGAGCUGUAUUAUAAGAUUGUUGAUAUGGCGCUUGAAUAGAUGUCGUCUAAUCCAAUCUUCUCAUUUUACAAGUGAGGAAACUGAGGUUUGUCAAGAUUCAAUGAUUUGCUCUGGGUCACAGUGGUGAUUAUUGUAGUACAGAUGUAUUAGUACUCCUUUAUUGACUUGCCCUCAUUCAAUCAGUAUCUACUGUGCCUUUCAGAGAGAGGUGUAGAGAUCAGCUCAGAAAGGAAAAUGGGUCUCUAAAAUUCCAUGAUCUGAUAAUUCAGCGAGGACUGGCUUCCACUAAAGUCCUGCUUUGAUGCUGUGUGUGGCAGGAGGUGACCUGGGUUUUAGAGGAGUCUGGCAGAAUCUUUUAUGCUGUAAUGGUGUGAGUAUGAUUACAGUGAUGAACUUUUCUCCAAGGAGCAAUCUAAGGUUGAAAUAAAUGUAUUUAAAAAGCACUUAGCAAAUAUUUACAAUAUGCCAAGCACUGGAGAUAUAAAUAUCAAAAAGUGAAGACAGUCCCUGCCCUUCAAAGAGUAACAUUCUAAGGGGGGAAGUGGUGGCUAAGAAAGGUUGUUUUAGUUUGCAAAGUCUCAGAGAUGGUGAGGGGAAUAACAUUUAAUUGACAUGUUCUUUCCAAAAGCAAUGGUAGUAUUGAUCUGAAUAAAGUUUAAGAAGAAGAAAUGAAAAGGAUGGUAGUGAGUUAGAGAAGAUGGGAGCUAAGGUGAUAGCAUGAGAAAAUAUCAAGUGGUGUAAACUGAAGUUGACAGAACCAGGAAAUUAAAUGUAUAAUUAAUUGAACAAUGGAAAUGGAAAUAACAAUGGAAACUGGAUACUGUGAAAUUAUGAAGACCAACCUUGAACCCAAGGAAGAGAUAUUAGAAGGUACCAUUUCUUUACAGAUGUGGAGGACUGUGGGUGUGGACACUGAAUAUAUGUCAGAUAACAUAAAUGUGUUGUGUAGUUUUGCGGUACUCUUUUCCUCUUUUAUUGUUAUGUAGUCCUUAAACACUUGGGAUUGUUAUUCCAGCUCCUGCUCCCACUCUGCCUCCCUACUGCAGACAGGUCCCCAGAGGGCGGGCUCCGUCUCUCCUUUGGUUAAUAGGAAUAAAUCCCUGAAGAGUUGGAAA